GUGUGGCACCUCUGAAAUCCGUGGAGGUUUUCUUCCACCAAGGCAGGAAGAAAACAGGUGGAUGGAGAAAUAGACAUGGCCUUACUCCUGGUCGCCCUGCUGGCAAUCCUGAGCCUGGGCUCUGGUUGUCAUCAGCGGCUCUGUCACUGCUCUAACAGGGUUUGCCUCUGCCAAGAAAGCAAGGUGACAGAGAUCCCCUCCGACCUCCCCAGGAAUGCGGUCGAACUGAGGUUUGUACUCACCAGGCUUCGAGUCAUCCCAAAAGGAGCAUUUUCAGGAUUUGGGGACCUGGAGAAAAUAGAGAUCUCUCAGAAUGAAGUCUUGGAAGUGAUAGAGGCAGAGGUAUUCUCCAACCUACCAAAGUUACAUGAAAUUAGAAUUGAAAAGGCCAACAACCUGCUGUACAUCAACCCUGAAGCCUUCCAGAACCUUCCCAAUCUCCGAUAUCUGUUAAUAUCCAAUACAGGUAUCAAGCACUUGCCAGAUGUUCACAAGAUUCAGUCUCUCCAAAAAGUUUUACUAGAUGUUCAAGACAACAUAAACAUCCAGACAAUUGAAAGGAAUUCUUUUGUGGGGCUGAGUUUUGAGAGUGUGAUACUAUGGCUGAAAAAGAAUGGGAUUCAAGAAAUACACAACUGUGCAUUCAACGGAACCCAACUAGAUGAGCUGAACCUAAGUGAUAACAAUAAUUUGGAAGAACUGCCUAAUGAUGUUUUUCAGGGAGCCUCUGGACCCAUCGUUCUAGAUAUUUCAAGAACAAAGAUCCAUGCUCUGCCUAGCUGUGGCUUAGAAAAUCUUAAGAAGCUAAGGGCCAGGUCAACAUACAACUUAAAAAAGCUUCCUAAUCUGGAAAAGUUUGUUGCCCUCAUGGAAGCCAGUCUCACCUACCCCAGCCAUUGCUGUGCCUUUGCAAACUGGAGACGGAAAACCUCUGAACUUCAUCCAAUUUGUAAUAAAUCUAUUUUAAGGCAAGAAAUUGAUGACAUGACUCAGGCUAGGGGUCAGCAAAUCUCUUUGGUUGAAGAUGAUGAAACCAGUUAUGGCAGAGGAUUUGAUAUGACAUAUGGUGAAUCUGACUAUGACUUAUGCAAUGAAAUGGUUGAUGUCUCCUGCUCCCCUAAGCCAGAUGCGUUCAACCCAUGUGAAGAUAUUAUGGGGUACAACAUCCUUAGAGUCUUGAUAUGGUUUAUCAGCAUCCUAGCCAUCACUGGGAACAUCGUAGUGUUAACGAUCCUGAUAACCAGCCAAUAUAAACUCACAGUUCCCCGCUUCCUUAUGUGCAACCUGGCCUUUGCUGAUCUCUGCAUUGGAAUCUACUUGCUGCUCAUAGCAACAGUUGACAUUCACACGAAAAGCCAAUACCACAACUACGCCAUUGACUGGCAAACUGGAGCAGGCUGUGAUGUUGCUGGCUUUUUCACGGUCUUUGCCAGUGAGCUCUCAGUCUACACUCUUACAGUCAUCACUCUGGAAAGGUGGCACACCAUCACCCAUGCCAUGCGGCUGGACUGCAAGGUGCAGCUGCGCCAUGCUGCCAGUGUCAUGGGCAUGGGCUGGAUCUUCUCUUUUGCAGCUGCCCUCUUUCCUAUCUUCGGCAUCAGCAGCUACAUGAAGGUGAGCAUCUGCCUGCCCAUGGAUAUUGACAGCACUCUCUCACAACUGUAUGUCAUGCUCCUCCUUGUGCUCAAUGUUCUGGCUUUUGUCAUCAUUUGUGGCUGCUACACCCGCAUCUACCUCACGGUGAGGAACCCUAACAUCGCGUCCUCCUCCAGUGACACCAGAAUCGCCAAGCGCAUGGCUUUGCUCAUCUUCACCGACUUCCUCUGCAUGGCCCCCAUCUCUUUCUUUGCCAUUUCAGCCUCCCUUAAGGUGCCCCUAAUCACAGUAUCUAAGGCAAAGAUCCUCCUGGUCCUGUUCUACCCCAUCAACUCCUGUGCCAACCCCUUCCUCUAUGCCAUCUUCACCAAGAAUUUUCGAAGAGAUUUGUUCAUUCUGCUGAGCAGGUUCGGCUGCUACAAAAUGCAAGCCCACAUUUAUAGGACAGAAUUCUCAUCCACUGCCCACAACUCCCAGCCAAGGAAUAGCCACUGCUCUUCAGCCCCUAGAGUCAGCAAUGGCUCUAGUUACAUGUUUGUACCUCUAAGCCAUUUAACCAAAAAAUAAAAUACAAUGAGAAAAUAUAUUUAGAUUCUGAAUGAUAACUCAAUCUUGCCUGUGUAGAUUACAGUGUAAGGUAACUGACAGAUAACUUCCUCCUACUUUAUCUAAUUUCGCCUUCCUGGUAUACCAGAGGCCAGACUUAAUAAUUCCAUAUGAUGCAGGAGAAUUAUUAGUCACAACAAUAAUUAAAAUAAUACAAU